AUGUUCCCACUCCAUUUGGCAGCCUUAAGUGGUUUUUCGGACUGCUGCAGGAAACUUCUUUCUUCAGCCAUCACUCCUGGCAUAGCCUUUCAGACGAGCAAUAUAGCACUUCACUGGGGUUGCUUCAAUGGUCAUGAGACAUGUGUGGAACUGCUUUUAGAACAGGAUGUUUUCCAGAAAAUAGAUGGAAAUGCUUUCAGUCCAUUGCAUUGUGCUGUGAUCAAUGACAAUGAAGGUGCUGCUGAGAUGCUUAUUGAUACCUUAGGAGCCAGCAUUGUGAAUGCCACAGAUUCAAAGGGAAGGACUCCUCUCCAUGCCGCUGCCUUCACAGACCACGUAGAGUGUUUACAGCUGCUGCUCAGCCAUAAUGCUCAAGUCAAUUCCGUGGACUCUACUGGAAAAACACCCCUCAUGAUGGCUGCAGAAAAUGGACAAACUAAUACAGUUGAGAUGCUGGUUAGCAGUGCUAGUGCAGAUCUGACUUUACAAGAUAAGAGUAAAAACACCGCCCUUCACUUGGCUUGCGGCAAGGGUCAUGAAACUAGUGCCUUGUUAAUACUGGAAAAGAUAACAGAUAGAAACCUCAUCAAUGCAACCAAUGCAGCCUUGCAAACGCCUCUGCAUGUUGCUGCCCGAAAUGGGCUAACAAUGGUUGUUCAAGAGCUUCUGGGGAAAGGAGCAAGUGUACUUGCCGUGGAUGAAAAUGGCUAUACUCCAGCUUUGGCCUGUGCUCCCAAUAAGGAUGUGGCUGACUGCCUGGCUCUCAUUUUGGCCACCAUGAUGCCUGUCUCCUCAAGUAGCCCAUUGUCAUCCCUGACAUUCAAUGCCAUUAACCGUUAUACCAACACCUCAAAAACAGUUAGCUUUGAAGCCUUGCCUAUCAUGAGGAAUGAACCUAGCUCCUAUUGCAGUUUCAACAACAUUGGUGGGGAACAAGAGUACUUGUACACUGACGUGGAUGAGCUCAACGACUCUGACUCUGAGACCUACUGAAAGGCUGAGCUAAAGGUCUAAAGAAGUUCCGACACUGAAACUUCACACCGGGCUUUUUCGGGAAAAAAAGCACUUUUCUUACUCAUAUACAAAUUCAUUCUGAAGAAAGAUCACGCAGUGAACGAAUAGAAGAAAUGUGAUGACAUUAGGAAGAAGAAUCUUAAAGGCAAGUUUUGCAAAAGGAACUUCUAGAAUCUUAAUAAUGACUUGACCAGUGGAAAACACAUUGAUGUCGAUUGCUUUGUGGGAUUGUUUAAUUGGCUUUGCAGGGCCAGAAACUGGGACGCUGCUCCCUGACCUGCUUAUGCAGGCAACACUGCUCUAAGGGAAGAGAUAAGGACACUAGGUUAAAUUGUACCCAGAAAACUACAGCUAAAUUUAAAUGCAAUAAACGUUUGGUAUAGUAGGCAUUAUGUACACACCAAAUUGCCAAAGGACCAAAUAGCGUACAGAUUUUUUUUUAUCGGAACGCCAUUUUGUGGAAACAGAAGUAGGUGAAAUGAGACGUCAUCUAAAGCGAACUUCAAUACUUCUGAAAAUGAAGCUAAGAUUUGGUUUGGUGUUGAUUUUUGUAAAGAAAACAUCGGAAAGCCUUCCAGUGCUGUAUUAACCCAUGAAAGAAAGCAAGUGUCUUUUUAUGGUUUGUUUGUUGGUUGGUUUUUUGUUUUUUGGUUUUUUGGUUUUUUUUUUUUUCAUAAAAAUUUUAAGAUUCCAGUUUUUAUAAAAUUCAAAACCAGCUGACUAGGUGCAGUGUGAGUGGAAGUACGUGUGACAGAGAUGUAGAUAAGUCAGGGCUGCUACCCACUGUUGAGUGGUUUGGUUUUAAAAUGAACUCUGUUUCUUUAAGGAAUUCCAUAGUGGAAAUGUUUUUGAUGAAAUUAAAAAUCAGAUCAUAUUACCUAUUGUAGCUCAGUGGUCCUGGGGAGUGGGACUGUUUGAGCCUCUGCUUGGGUGACACACCUCCACCUUUGGGUUGGAGGACUUUUGGUGUCAUUUAUUAAUGUUUGAGCUUUGCAAAGCAAGAAUCAAAAUUUUUUUAAAAAUUAAACUUGUUUUGAGAGAUCAUCUAAAGCUGGUUUUAAAUUGCAUAAAAACUAGAAUUUUAAAUUUUUUAUAUAAAAGAAAAAAGACAUCUGCUUUCUCUCAUGGUUUAAUGCAGUAUGAAGGCUUUCAUAUGUUCAUAUGUUUCCUUUCUUUCUUUCUUUUUUUUGAGACAGGGUUUCUCUGUGCACCUCCGCUGUCCUGGAAUUCACUGUGUAGAUCAGGCUGGCCUCAAAAACACAGGGAUCCACCUGCCUCUGCCUCCUGAGUGCUAGCUAAAGGUGUGUACCACCAUGCCCAGAUUCAGGUAUUUUCUUUAUAUAAAUCAACAUCAAAGCAUUUGGCUUCAUUUUCAGAAGUGUUGAAGUUUGGUGUAGAUGAUGAUUCAUGAUAUAAACAGAAUCAGGUCACUUGGAAGGCAUUUCUAUAUUGGGCAGAAUUUAAAAUUCUUCAGGCUUUAGGCUCAAGUCAGAUCUAGAGUAGCAUGUUUGCAGCUUGUACUGUCGGAGAGAGAUUGCCUGCCAAAUUGGAGACUGCCUUUCAGGUAAUAGAGAAGGGGCUGACAUUAGGCUUUUAAACAACACUUCUCUGUGGUUCUGCUUUUAUUGUAACUGUUACUUUCCCAGUAAAAAUGAUUUCACAUGGGGGGGGGGAUCUUAAUAGAGCUGGAUAAAGUUCCAUACAUUGCAACAAAAUGAUACCAAUUCACCUUAUCCUUUUUGUAUUGUGAAACUGGAACUUUAUGACAUUGUAAAUUAUCAGCUGGUUUUUCUGAAUAUAAAGUGUGAAAACACAGAACAGUAUUUUGAUCUAUUUGAUAAUUUUGUGGGUUUUUUGAAGAAUUAAUGAGCAUGUACAUAGAAAUAGUGACUGCUUGAAUACUGUAUUUACUUGCACUCUUUGAGUACAUCAAAAUUCCUGUAUAUUUUAGAGUAUAAUAAAACACAGAUGUGAGUUGUAUUUAAUGAAUAAUGUAUUUGUAUCUGUGCAUAUUACUUAAAAAUCUAUAAAGUUUCUAGGGCAUUGACUACUAGAUUUUAAGCAUUUUUUUCUAAAAUAUUUACAAAAUUAUAAAUAUAAUCUCCAUCUUUUCUUUAUAAUAUAAAGAAGUUGUAAUGAACCCUUCCUAACUAAUAGUGGUAGAAGGGUAAAUAUGCAUUUUAAAGACCGUAGACUACAUUUUCUAUUGUACCUUUUAAAAAAAAGAAAACUCAAGAGGAUUCUAAAAGUAUACCAUAUGUGUGCUUUCUCUUUCCUUUUAGGAAUUCUCUUCUGAAUUCCCUGAGGGAAUUUUCUAGAAUCUCAGAAUUGAAAGAGACCUGAGGUUCAUCCAGUCUAACCUCUUAACCAAUGCAGGCGUCCCUUCUCCAAGGUUGUCUUUCCACCUUGAACACUUGCAGUGACUCUACCUCACAAGCAGUGCAUUCAUUGUUGAGCAGCUCUUUAGGAGGGCUCCUUAACGGAGUUGAAGCCUCCCUCCGGGUAACUUCUGUCCUGGGCCCAGCUCUGUCCUCCAGGAGAGUGUGGGAAGAAUGAAUCUUCCACCCUCUGCCACGUCUUCUCUUUCACAGGCUGUUGACUCCUUUGCUGCAGUGAUUUCCAGAAGGACUCAUUAGACACAUUGUCUCCACAUCUAAUGAAAUCCAAGGUGUAGCUAUAAAGUAACAAACCCAUCGUUUAAUUUAUCCUCCUGUGUAUGUAGAGACCGAAGAUCAUGCCUCACUUUAUGUAAAUGAUGCCAUAACUGAAAACAUUUGGGAGGUAGUUGGUGCUGUUGCCAGCCAACUAGGAAAGCUGUUCCUUUGCUUUGUGGUAGUUUGUCCCUGACUUGAGCAACCCACUUCAUUUGGUGUGCACCCGAAGAGGGAAAUUCUGAAGUACUGUCCAGAAAGUGUUGACCAACACCAGUAUUUGGAAUAAAUACACAUAUAUGAGCAAAGCAAAGGACCCUAAGUUACUUUAUAGUUACAUGCACCUCAUGUGGGAAAAGCACUGGACCUGGUUCUGUGGUGUUUUAUCCUCGCCCAGAAGGGAAAGCCUGUCAGCCUUUAACCUCUGUGUGAAAGGUGAUAUCUGAAAUACAUGUAUUACAGUAAUACCAGCUUUUGCUCAAAAACAACUUUGGGGAAAUAGUGAUGAUAGGUGACCUCGAACAGUGCCAUUUAGUUCAGGAGAUCUCUAAAUGUAGCUGUAAAUUUGGGGUUAAUUUGGCUUCAUACAUUGGAUCUUUUAAAUGAAAUAAAAAUUUUUAAUGCAAAAAAA